AUGGCUGAACCGAUGAUCCUUAUACCCGGUGUCAUUGAUUUGAGUACUAGAGUCGCUAAUAGCUUCACGGAAUUCCUGAAAAGUGUGAAGAAUGCUCCUAAGGUCGUUAGGGAUAUUACCCUAGGGGCAAAUACGUUAAAGGGCAUCCUAGAGACUCUCGACAUAACUCUUAGCGAAGAUGCUGGUGGGAAUAGGAGACGGAGAAUGGAGGGCAUCAAUGUCCCCAUCCUCACUCAAGCGCCCCCGAAUGCCCUUAGCCACACGAUUAAGUGGUCGUCGAUUCAUCAAACGAAGGCCGAGGAGCUACGGGACGAACUCGAGAGGCACAAAUCACAACUCAGCCUGGCAAUACAGACUGAUACUGCGAUGAAUCUCAAUACCCUUAGUUGUAGUAUGAAGAGUAUAGAGGCGAAUUUAGACGAAAAUGCGAAGAGAACUAUCCUGGCUUGGGUCCAGCCAGCCAAAAUCGACAUGCGCGAAUUCCACAGCGAGCAAUGCAAUAAGCGGGAGGUCGGGACUUGUGAAUGGAUGACCGAAACCGAGGGAUGGAAACAGUGGCUCGACGGAGGUUCAAUUGAUGCCAGCGGUUACCGGCGAUUCAUUUGGAUCUACGGAAUUCCUGGAGCGGGAAAAACAGUUCUUGCCUCGUACCUCAUUGAUACCAUUGCGACGCAUUGCUGUUCCAUCGGCUAUUCAUAUUACUACUGCCAUAACGAGCGGAACCAAGACGAGACAAUGCACCUUUUGCGUUGGAUAGUUAGCGAUUUGAGUAGACAGGCCGGCCGUUUUAUCCCCCAAAAACUAGAAGAAUUAAGACACAAGGGGGAUUUUACUAUCGCAAGUCUUCUCGACUGUUUCCUAGCCAUCUCACGGCAAAUCGCACAGCGAGGCAAGCGAGUUUAUUUGGUGGUCGAUGCUAUCGACGAGAGUAGAAGGCCGCGGGAAAGGUUGCUUGAUGUGCUAAUUAAAAUCGGAACGGACGAAUCUUUCGACCAUGUCUCAUUACUGAUGACAAGUCGCGAAGAACCAGACAUAAAAGACAAAAUGACUAUGGUUGAAGAGGGAAGAGACCGUGACACCAAUUCGAUGGAAGUGGACCAGAUAGCAGAUAGAAUGAUAGAUGGCCGCAUCCCUUACACACCUAUCACAAUGGAGAAUGGCGACGUCAUGAAGGCGAUACGAACAUACGUCCGCAAGCAACUCAACAGGAACGAGAAACUCUGCUGGUGGUCGAAAGAUUUUAGAGAGGAAGUAGAGGAGCAACUAGCAAGAAAUGCCAGAGGGAUGUUUCGGUGGGUUGCAUGCCAGCUCGAUAUCAUCAAUCGCAACAAUUAUACGGAUGAGGAUGGGAUACGGGAGACCCUUGCAGAUCUGCCAGAGACUUUGUUUGACACGUAUGAGAGAAUUCUCAACGACAUACCGCGUGAGCAACGCGACUUCGCUCACACGGCUCUUGUUCUAAUAUGUAGCAACACCGCCAACAUCAAAUGUGCUGAGGUAUUGGUACAGGCGUGUUUGCAUAACGUCCGAUACGGCGCGAUGCAUAUGUAUUCCGUUGGAACGCUAAGGGACACACUCGGUUGUCUUAUUAAGGUAACGGACUUGAAGAAAAAGCUCCCGACUGUGUUUCGGCGCGAUGACGAAGUUCUCCCGCACCAAAAAGUCAGUAUUGCUCAUUAUACGGUGAGGGAAUUUCUUUUCGCACCGGCGAAGGAGCCUCUUGGACCAAGGCCUGCGAAGGAAUUUGCUCUGACGGAUGUCCAAAUUCGCACUCUAGAGGUUCAAACUAUGUUCGAUGGUUUACAACAAUUCGGCUUGAAUUUAAAUCGCCACCAGAGAUGCCCUAGUCGAUACGAGGAACACUGUCUUGAGAUGACCGACCUAGCAUUAAGAGACCGCCGAAGCCUCAUCGUCGAACAUCGACCGGUGUGGAAAUCGGUGAUAAACUGCCUCAUUCCCGGCAGUAUGCAUCUGAAAGCUCUCACAAACGGGAACUUACGUAGGCGAUAUUUGGAGUGGGGAACACUAUGUGCAUAUAUUGAACCCCCAGAAACACAAAUUCCUAUUAGAGCGAACAAAAAGGGCCAUGAGAUGACAAGCAUUAUAGCCGCGCUUAUGUUGCUUAGGUGGCCGGAAUUGGCGCGGAACUACCUCAAAGGUCAACCGUUCGACGGCCUCACGCCCGAAGCGAAGCGUGCCGUUUGGUCGAAUAAAUUUUCGAUUAAUUCAGACAUCGACGAAAGACUUCCUCGAACGCCAAUUAGAUCGGAACGGGUGACGCUUCUUCAACUAUGCGUAUUAUGGAAACGCCUGGACUUCCUCGAAUUAUUCAUAGAAGUCGGCGCCGACUUUAUUAAUGAACCUGGAAUUGUGUUCACUGCCCUUAGACCCUCUAAUCCUCAUGAGGGGCACGGUCGGAGUGAUGGGUCGGUUACCGGCCAGCUUCUGAAAAUGCUCCUCGAAAGAGGUGCAAAUCCUAACCCCCGGGGCUUUAGAUACACCCCUCUUCAGUAUGCGACUUAUCUACUAGAAGAAAGUUGGGUUCAGAGUCUGCUCCUCGAAAAUGGCGAGGCAGCCUUAACUGGGGAUCCGAACGGGAAACAUCCAUUCGAAGUUGCAGACGCUAAGCAAGGGUGGUAUAGGAGGUGCCCCCUGGAAAUUUGCAAGAAUGCGAGACCAGAGUGGCCGGAUCAGGACGACGCAGAUCAACUAAUAGAAAAGGCUAGAAGACAAGUAGGGCAAUUGCUCAGGCAAUAUGGAGCGCGCACGCCGCCGAAUUCAGCGGCUCGGCCGGUUGAGUCAUCUAGGCCAGCCAGGCUACCUAGAACGCCCCGGACGAAUCAGCCUAUAUUCGUGAAAAUGAACCCGCCUUGAGGCAAGUUCUUGGAUUUAGUCGUGUGGUUAUCCAUGGAUUGGUGACCUAGGUCGCGGGAUAUACGUCUUCCCUCCCCUUAUUGGAUACACACUUAGUUGAUGUGAACCGACGUACGGAGCAUGGCGGAGAAAGCUAGCAUCUAUGCUUUGUAGAUUAGAUAGUUCCAUAGGUAGC